AUGGGACAGACAGAAAGCCAAGGCUGCUGCUCUAAGAGCGAGCAGCCGAGUGUAGAGCGGAUUGAAGCUCAAUCGCCUGCGGUGCUGUCACUUGAUGAAAUCCGACUGUCUAGCGAUUGCGAGUCUGGGCAAAGGGCCGAACAUGGGAACACGGAUACUUCUAACUCUGAUGCUGCAGCCACCAUUCCGCCCGCACCGGAGAAAAUGCAGCAGACCAUGACUGCGAGAGAAGUUCCCCUCCUCGAGGCUCUUUCUGCCACGGAAACGCCGAUGAAGCAGUACUUGCUAGAUGGCUGUGUGGAUGGCAAGCGCGCGGUCCGCCUCCUUUCCGGCCUCCCUGUAAUUGCAUGUCUCAUCUUGUCCGUGGCAGCAGUCUCCAGCAUGCCUUUUGUGAUCCCACUAGCAGACCCCAAUGCCGGGGUGUGGACCAACAUUGGCUUCGUCUUCGGCGUCCAUGGAGCCCUCAACUACCUGGCAGGGUACGGCGUCCUAAAGAUGAUAAGCCGGGCCUGCCCGGAGGCCAAGGACAAGCUGGAAGGAAAGUUCCCUGUUCUCGCCCUCAUCUACCCCUUCGUUUGUGGCUCGAUCCAGGUCGUCUUUGGCAUUGCAGACAUCUUCCCGAUGCCUUUCAGCGCAGCGACUGCGUGUGGUGCGGCUACAUUCCCCACCAUGCUUGUGACCUUAUACUGGAUUCCUGAGCACCGGCGCAGCGUCUUUGCAACUGCAGCACAUGUGGGCCUGAGUUUGGGACUGAUCGGCAUCCAGGCAGUUGCUUUGGUCCUUCAGUGGAGAUCCUUUCCUCACGUCGAUGCCUCAACACAGAUUUUCCUUACUGUGCUUGCGGCAGGCGUGACCUUUGGACUGUCAAAGUUCGUCGUGAUAUUUGGCGUGAGGUUUCUGGCUCUUCCAAGGAAGUACCUGGAAGAGAAUAAGAUCCACUAUGCAUUCCAGUCCUUCCUGUUCUCGGCAUUGCUGCUGUCACAGGCAAAAUCUGCGGCAUCGGUGCUGGUGAGCCUUGCAUGUUCUCGGUAA